CCGAAGCGGCGAAUAUUCGUUUGAGCCAUGAUUCAAUGGAUAAAAAGGGACAACAUAUUAAUCUCAACGAUGUUGACGGGAUCGAGCCUAGUCCGGAAACAUACCCAAUGCAGCCAUCAUGGCGACAAACAAGCCGAAUCCUCGAGGUCCUGGCUAUAUCCAGCUUUACCUUCUAGCUGGAAUGGUUUUUCUUUGCUCUACUAUGAACGGAUUCGAUAGUUCAUUGAUGAGCUCUAUCAAUGCUCUUCCAAAUUAUACCAAAUAUUUUGGGCUUCCUGCUAAAGGAAAUGCUUCAACUGGAAUUGUGUUUGCUAUAUUCCAAGUAAGUGGUUCAAACAAGAUGCGGGCCAAAGCAAUGGGGACGUUUAAACUAACCGCUGGGGCGGCCGGCUUCUUGAACACGUUCGUCGGUCCCAUCGCCCUCAGCUCGAUUGGUUAUUGAUUUUACGUGUUCUUCGUAUUCUGGGAUACCUUCGAGAUGGUGUUUAUGUAUUUCUUUUGGGUUUAGACCAAGGGAAUGACUCUCGAAGAAUUGGACGCGAUUUUCGAAGCGAAGAACCCGCGGAAGGCUGGUGUUGAAGCGAAGAACAUGCAGAGGAGAAUCAUCAAGGAAG